GUCCAAUCUAAUCCGAUACACAUCUCCACUCAUCCAACAAAUAUAUUACAUAAAAAUGAUGAGCACUACUUCACCAUUCACACAAACUUCUAUAAAUAAAAACACAAUAAAAAUCUUCACCCAGCCCAAAGGCAAAAACAAACCGAACAAAAAAAAUAAAUAAGUAUAUAAAUAAAAAUCAAUCUAAUAAAAAUUCAUAGUAUUUUCAGCCGCCGGCAAUGGACACCGUCCGAUCAUUCAAAGGCUACGGCAAAGUCGACGAGGUCGAGCAAGCCGCUUUCCGGCGAAAAACCAGAAAACGCAUUAUCAUCCUCUCCAUCUCAUCCGUCCUCCUCCUCGCCCUCAUCAUCGGCGUCGUCGCCGGAACAGUCUCCCGCAACAAGAAAACCUCAGAUCCCGGCGAAUCUCCGGCGUCCCGGGCAACGGCGGCGGCCGUGAGAUCCAUCUGCAGCGCCACCCGUUACCAGAGCUCGUGCCUCUCGACCCUGAGCUCGGCAAACUCCACCAACCCGGAGAAAAUCUUCGAGCUCUCGCUGACGGUGGUCCUAAAUUCUCUGCAGAAAAUAUCCGAAUUUCCCGGCGAGUACGCCGCGAGGACCGACGACCCGCGGGUGAGGGAGGCGCUGAGCGUCUGCGGGACGGUGCUGAGCGACGCCGUCGACCACCUCAACGACUCGAUCGCCGCCGCGCGCGGUGGCGGCGGCGGGAUCGAGGACCUGAAGACGUGGCUGAGCACGGCGGUCACCGACCAGGAGACGUGCGCGGACUCCCUCCGCGAGGCGGGCGCGGCGUUCGCCGGCGAGGCGGAGGUCCUGAUGAGGAACUCGACGGAGCUCGCGAGCAACAGCCUGGCCAUCGUAUCGAGGAUAAUCGGGGCCAUCGACGUCCCGAUCCACCGGCGGCGGAGGAUGCUGGGGGUGGCGCCGCCGGAGAUGGAUAUGCCGGCGUGGGUGGAUCGGAGGCUGCUGCAGCAGGCGGCGGUGAGGCCGGACGUGACGGUGGCGGCGGACGGGAGUGGCGACGUGAGGACGGUGGGGGAGGCGGUGGAGAGGAUACCGAAGAAGAGCAAGGCGAGGUUCGUGAUAUACGUGAAGGCCGGAGUUUACGUGGAGAAUGUGGUACUUGACAAGUCGUGCUGGAACGUCAUGAUUUACGGCGACGGUAAAAACGCUACCAUUAUCUCCGGCAGCAAGAACUUCGUGGACGGGACUCCCACCUUCUCCACGGCCACCUUUGUGCCUGACUACGGGCUACAAUUUGGCUUGAACCCACCUAUCCCGAGUCCCGACCCGAAACAUUUAAGACUGAUCACAUUCUACUCUAUCUCUAAUUCACCAGCCGUUGCCGGGAGAGGGUUCAUCGCACGUGACAUAGGGUUCAAAAACACUGCCGGCCCCAACAAGCACCAAGCGGUGGCCUUCCGUUCGGGCUCCGACCAGUCUGUUUUCUACCGGUGCACUUUCGACGCCUUCCAAGACACGCUCUACGCUCACUCCAACCGUCAAUUUUACCGAGAAUGCGACAUAACCGGCACAAUCGACUUCAUUUUCGGCAACUCGGCUGUCGUUUUCCAAAACUGCAACAUCUUGCCGAGACAACCUUUGACUAACCAAUUCGUGACGAUCACGGCCCAAGGGAAGAAGGACCCGAAUCAAAACACGGGGAUUUCGAUCCAAAGGUGCGCGAUUAGCCCGUUGGACAAUCUCUCGGCCCCGACUUAUCUGGGCCGGCCAUGGAAGGAUUACUCGACUACAGUUAUAAUGGAAACGAGCAUUGGUGGGUUCUUGAAUCCGAGAGGUUGGAUUUCGUGGGUUUCGAAUGUGGAUCCGCCUAGCUCGAUUUUUUACGGUGAGUAUAGGAACACUGGUCUCGGGGCAAACACGGCCAAUCGGGUUUCGUGGGCCGGAUACAAGGCCAGCAUGACGGCGAGCGAGGCCUCCAAGUAUAAUGUGGACUCCUUUAUCGAGGGUCGAUCGUGGUUGCCGGCUACAACUGUGAAAUUUGACUCGACUUAA